AUGAUGAUGGCCCUGAGGGGAGCCUUUGCUUUCCUGAUUUUGUUCGUCACAGCAUUUCUGCCUCCGCCACAGUGUGCCCAAGACCCAGCCAUGGUGCACUACAUCUACCAGCGCUUUCGAGUCCUGGAGCAAGGGCUGGAGAAAUGUACCCAAACCACAAGGGCAUACAUUCAAGAAUUCCAAGAUUUCUCAAAAAACAUAUCUCUUAUGCUGGGAAGAUGUUUCACCCACACAAAUGAGUAUAAGAGUGCAGUAGAUAAACUGGCAACAAGAGUUGAACGUGCCCAACGAGAGAUCGAUUACCUAGAGUACCUCCGCGCAUCUGACGUGUGCGUUGAAUCAGAGGACGAGACCAUGGCAGACAAGCUAAUGCAAGAAGCUGAAGAAGAGAAGAAGAUCCGGGCGCUACUGAAUGCAAGUUGUGACAACAUGCUGAUGGGGAUAAAGUCUUUGAAAAUAGUGAAGAAAACUAUGGACACAGAUGGCUCUUGGAUAAAAGAUGCUGCCAGCAACUCUCCAAAGGUUUAUAUCUUAAUUGGGUCCAGAAACAACACUGUUUGGGAAUUUGCAAACACACGGGCAUUUGUGGAGGAUACCACCAAGCCAGCCCCCCGGAAGUUAAGCCUAACGCUUUCGUGGCAGGGAACAGGCCAAGUGAUCUACAAAGGUUUCCUAUUUUUUCACAACCAAGGGACUCUCAAUGAGAUAAUCAAAUAUAAUCUGCAGAAGAGAACUGUGGAAGAUCGAAUGUGGCUCCCAGGAGGGGCAGGCAGAUCAUUGGUCUACCAGCACUCCCCAUCAACUUACAUUGACCUGGCUGUGGAUGAGUAUGGACUCUGGGCCAUUCAUUCAGGGCCAGGCAUCCAUGGCUAUUUGGUCCUCACAAAGAUCGAGCCUAGUUCACUGGGAGUGGAGCACUCAUGGGACACUCCCUGCAAAAGUCAGAAUGCCGAAGCCUCAUUCCUCUUGUGUGGGGUUCUCUAUGUAGUCUACGGUUCUAGUGGUCAUGGGCCCCAUCGCAUCACCUGCGUCUAUGAUCCUCUGGGCACUGUCAGUGAGGAGCAUCUGCCCAACUUGUUCUUCCCCAGGCGGCAAAGAAGUCACUCCAUGAUCCAUUACAACCCCAGAGAUAAGCAACUCUAUGCUUGGAAUGAUGGAAACCAGAUCCUUUACAAACUCCAGACAAAGAGAAAAUUGCAUGUGGAGUAA